AUGUCCCUCGUGGCACGCGUCUUCUACGGCCUGCCUGAUGUACGGGCGUUCCUCAGCAACAAGACGAGCUCAGCGAAGCUGCGGCUCAUGCAGUUCUUCGGCCUCGACAUUACACUCUUUGGAGGACCAAGCCAGCCCGAGCCGGAUGAUGAGCGGGGCGGUAUCAAGGCAGCGGAACGCAUGGCCAAGCAGUCGGAUAAAGUGAUCAACCCAAAUCAGUACGAGAACGACAAUAACUGGAAGUCACAUGUCCGUUGGACAGGACCGCAGAUCCUCCGUCAGCUCCCUGAGAUAACUCUUCUCUGCGCUGGCAUGGGCACGUCGGGCACAAUGACAGGGCUCGGGACAUACUUCAAAGACAGCAAGCCUUCUGUCUACCGCAUAGGCGUGUGCACUGCGCCGGGAGACCGCGUCCCCGGCCCUCGCUCGCAUGCUCUCCUCGCGCCGGUCCUCUUCCCUUGGUCAUCGUCUAUCGAUCACAUCGAACACGUCGGCUCCCACGAAUCCUACUCACUGUCCCUAUCGCUGUGCCGCCAGGGCCUCAUCUGCGGCCCGAGCUCAGGGUUUAAUCUCCAAGGCCUCUUCCAGUUUCUGGACAAGCGCAAGGCAGAGGAGACUCUCGAUCAGCUCCGAGGCGAGAACGGCGAGGUGCAUUGCGUGUUUCUAUGCUGCGAUUUGCCGUACCAGUACAUUGGCGAGUACUUUGACAAAUUGGGAGCGGAGCACUUCCCGCAGAUUCACAAUGAAGAACUCGCCAAAGUCGAUCUGUAUCGCUACGACGACCGAUGGGAGUUGCCGCCCCUGGACGCCAUUCACGCGUCCUUCGACGUCAACCCCACCCUCAGCCUACCGAUCACGUCCCGAAUCACGCCCAAAAGCAACAUUGUGACCAUUGACAUUCGGCAGGAGCUGGAUUUCCAGGACUUCCAUCUGCCUGGGAGCAUCAACGUCCCCUUUGCGAACGAGUUCACGCCCUGCCCCUUCUCCGACCCGUCCACACUCGCCACGUUGUGGACCCGUCUCGAGACUUACUUCGCAGCGCCGCCAGAGACUCUGCUGUCCGCGAUGGAUGACAAGCAGAUCCUCGUGGUAUGCUACGACGGCGACGCCUCGCGCGUCGCCUCCUCGGUGCUGCGCGCUAAGGGGUACGAGACCAACAGUGUAAAGGGUGGUUUCAUGGCGCUGCGAAAGGUUCGCGCGCAGAGCAACGAGACGGUAUCGACCGAAGGGAAAGUAGACGAGAUUAUCAUGACACCCAUAGCGCAGACUGUGUAG